UUUAAGCGCUAGAAGAAUGGCGCAUGCGCAUGUACUGUCAUGUCUUGUGACCGAGUAAACUACUUUUUUUGUUCUUUGGCGGGAAGCGCGCUUUGCAGUCUAUGGUUAUACGUGAUAUUUGAACGGGAGGGUGGGAAACGCGACUCGUUAGAAGUUGGACCGCCCCUAUCCCUUCUCCUUUAGAUUGCAGAAUUAGCGUGACCCUGAACAGCGCGUUCCUCCCCUUUUAAAUCAAGAACCCGUUUGUUCCCACGGGCCAUAGGAAGCGUCCUGAUUUGGGGAGCGGGGAGCGAUGCGGCGGCUCAAGAGCAAACCGUUUGGCACGGGACUCUGGCUGUAAAGCGGUGUGCUCUGCUCCCCUUCUGCUGCUCGGGACGAUGCGUGUUUCCUCGAAAGGAAGAUCGGAUUCAGUGCUGUUACUUGACUGCAAGCUCCUCUAUCAAACAUAUAUAAACAAGAGUAAGCAACCUAGUGAGCAGAAGGACCAGAAAGAAGGACAAGUCAGAACACCAGAGAAAGAAGUGGGGGGAAAUUGACUUCUCGACAAGGAGUCUGAAAGAGCGGGAUUGAUGAACGGGGCUCAGAUUGCAGACACGCCCAUUGCGGUGGAUUUCUGGAAUAUAAGAAAAGCUAGCCAAGCUCGCUUAUUCUUCCUUUCUCACAUGCACAGUGACCAUACUGUGGGGCUUUCUAGCACCUGGAACCAGCCUAUCUAUUGUUCUCCUAUCACUGGUCAAAUCUUGCAUUUGCGAUUGAAGGUUGCUGAGCGUUGGAUCCACCCUCUUGAAGUGGGAGAGAGCCAUGUUUUGCCCAUGGAUGAGAUCGGCAAAGAAACUGUGACUGUGACCUUGAUAGAUGCUAAUCAUUGCCCUGGAUCUGUCAUGUUCCUCUUUGAAGGCUACUUUGGUGUCAUCCUAUACACUGGUGAUUUUCGUUACAAUCUGAACAUGCAGCAGGAGCCAGCUCUGAAGAACUCAAAACUGAUCAACAUCCUCUAUCUGGACACUACCAAUUGUCAUCCUGAACGUAUCCUUCCAUCCCGGCAGGAGGCCACUGAGAAAAUCAAAGAUCUGAUCCGGGCCCACCCCGAUCAUCUGGUUAAAAUUGGUACUUACACUUUGGGAAAGGAGUCCCUCUUAGUACAGCUAGCCCAAGAAUUUGGCACUUGGAUUGUGGUGAGCCCUAGGAAGCUGGAACUGAUGAUUCUCUUGGGGCUGGAGAAUGUGUUCAGAACUGAGGAAGAGGCUGGAUGGAUUCAUGUGGUAGAUUUUUCAGAAAUCUGCCAAGCAAACAUGAUCAGCUGGAACAAGAGGCAUCCAACCAUAGCUAUCCUCCCCACCAGUCGACCAGUGAAGAUCAAUCACCCUGAUGCCCAUGUUAUUCCUUACUCAGACCAUUCAUCUUUCCAAGAGUUGUUGGAGUUCGUGGCUUGGCUGAAGCCCUGCUCCAUAAUCCCAGUAGUGAAGACUUCAGUAUGUCAGAAAUAUUUCAAGCAGUACUUGAGUUCUGAAAAUCGGUCACCUGAGGAGUCUAAACUGCCUGAAUCGGUGAAAAGAUUCAUGCAUCUACCGAGCAAGAAGCAGGAAAGGCCUUCAAAAAUACUGAAACUAGCUUCUUAUUGUCAUGUGCCAAGGGGGGUUUUGUUUGAAGAUAGCCAGGAUGCAGAACUUUCUCAGGAAAGCUGCCCAGAGCCCUUGAAGAAAUCUCUGCCUUAUUCACAAAGAAGGCGUUCUGGGUACUCAUGUAGCGGGAAGCAGAAAAUAAAACCUCAAAACCUUGAGGACCAGAGUGGGCAUUUUCCCAUGCAGUCUGUUGUGACAUCCACCACGCAUCAGUUAAAGACCAGUAUUGCUGAUCAGUUCUCAAAAUAUCAGACAACUGUGACAUCAAAGCCGAGUUUGGAAGUGGUUGUCAAGACUUCUUGUUCCAUCUCAGAUAACAAUGAUCAGCUUUGCCAGGUGGGCUUGGAAGACUGUGUCCCUUCCGCAUCAUUGCAUCCUGGUCAGAAUGACGUCAACUAUACGUGUGGCUCCCAAAAGGACAUGCCAUUCCAGCCUGCCAGUUCUCCAGGGGGCCUUCUUCAGAAAUAUGACUUUUCUCCAUUGAACAGCUCAAAGUGUUGGUCUCUCCAAACCUUUGACCAGCAAGUAGAAAACUACAUUAAAAGAGAGAAAGCCCAAAUGCACAAAAUAGAACAGACUUGCACUCAGGAUAAAAACUCAUGACAAAACUGCUAGCAAAGAGUUUUUGCAAUAUAAUUUCUUUGUUUUUUGUGCCAGUAUACCAGAGAGAUCUUUUUUAAUUUUCCAAAUAAACACUCCCAUAAGAUACAGGAAGAAAGAACUCAGUUUCUAAAGAAGUAAAAAAUUAGUACUGAACACUACAUACUGCUUUUCAUUUAUUGAGAUGGAAUUGUAUUCCCACCAUUGACUUGGUUUAUGAAAUACAAUAAAUUAUUGCCACUAA